AUGCCUGAACCAGCCAAGACCGCACCCAAGAAGGGCUCGAAGAAAGCCGUGACCAAGGCGGCCGGGAAAGGAGGCAAGAAGCGCAGAAAGUCCAGGAAAGAGAGUUAUGCUAUCUACGUGUACAAAGUUUUGAAGCAGGUUCACCCGGACACAGGCAUUUCGUCCAAAGCUAUGGGAAUCAUGAAUUCAUUCGUUAACGACAUUUUCGAGCGCAUUGCCGGUGAGUCUUCGCGUCUGGCUCACUAUAACAAACGCUCCACCAUCACUUCCAGAGAGAUCCAGACCGCGGUGCGGCUGUUGCUUCCUGGGGAGUUGGCCAAGCACGCCGUGUCUGAGGGCACUAAAGCUGUGACCAAAUACACCAGCUCUAAGUAAAGCGCGUUACUGCCGCAUUUAUCAACCCAAC